AUGGCAACUGCACCCCCUUUGGAAGAUGAGGAACUCAAUAUCAUUCGAAGCCCUGACGUUCCAUUUGUUUCUGCUAUUGUUGGUGGCGUAUUCCCAGGAAGAGCAAUAGUCGUCAGUGGUAUUGUUGAACCAGGAUCCUCUGCAAAUGGAAGAAGGUUCAACAUUGACCUCUGUUGUGGACUUCUUCUUCAUGGAGAUCAUAUGGAUAACAAAGCACUUCAUUUCAACCCAAGAUUCGAUGGUCCUGGUGGCUGGUUGUCCGGUUCGCCCGAUAGAGCAUUGGUUCUAAACUCUUACGUGAACAACCAAUGGGAAACAGAAGAAAGGUUUGACAAUCCUUUUCAAGAAGGUAAACCGUUCCAAGUCCGCAUUCUCGUCCUGGAAAAAUAUUUCAAGAUCGCGGUGAAUGGGAAACAUGUAUGUGACUUCGCUCAUAGAGUUCAAUGCCUUGAGAGUAUAAGAACCAUUUAUGUGUCAGGAAAUCUUCGUCUGGAGUUCAUUGAAUUCCAGCCACCGCUCGGCAGUAAUGGCCAAGUGAUCCAGAAUCCUACUCCCCAUAAUCAGGAAUGGAAAACAAGCGUAGCCAACAAGCCGGAUAUACCAUUUGCUUGGAAAUUUGAGCCGACUGGUUUUUUGUCUCCGCAAAAAAUUCAGUUAACUCUUACUCCUUUUGUCUCUGCCUCGAGAUUCACUAUCAACCUGCUUGCUAAAGGAGAACAUCUUCUUCAUCUUAGAGUCGAUAUGCCUAGUACUAAGAACAAGGCGGCUGUAGUAAGAAAUAGUACUAAAAAUGGUGAGUGGCAAACCGAAGAGCGAACUAUUGCAACCUUCCCUUUCAACAAAGGAAUCACACAUGACGUUGUCUUACAUGCUUAUGGAACAAGUGUAGCGAUUGAUGUCGAUUCGAUCCCCCUUUGUAAGUUCAAUUAUAGAUCAGGAGACUCCGCUCUAGAGAUUGAUACCGUUACUGUAGUCGGAGAUUUGAUCCUUCAAAGAUUUCUUCAUAAGACUCACGCAUAA